CUUCACUUGUUUCAAAUUCCAAUCGAGCAAUCGAGAAACCGUUUUAAAAAGUGAUUUUGGUGAGAAAUCUUUUUUAAACUUCUCAAACAACUUAAUAAGGUGUGUAUUGAAUAGCCUGAGAUAUAGAAGACGUUGAGCUAAACGCAAAAUGGCUUCCCCCUCGAAGAGAUUGAGGAAAUCUCCACUCCGACCGUCUUUUCCGGCAACUCUUGAAUCAUCAACUCCUCAAAGUGGAGAAAGACGGUCCAUGAUUACUUCGCUACAGAUUUCUUGUAUUCAAGCGAGCUCUUCUGGAGAAUCUGUGUCUUCAAGAUCACUUUCCUUGAGGUCCUCCAACUCAUCUAAUGCCCUCUUUAGAGAUGAAUCAGAGUCCGAUAGCGUCAUUGACUCUAAGGCUUCUAGACAAGAUUAUGAAACGUAUUUUCAAGAUAUGCGACGGAUCAAAUAUUCCGGAAAAAUAUGGAACCUCCACAAACCACUUGUCGAAGGUUCUUUGUAUGGGGAAGUUCUAGCAAAUCCCGCCGGUGCAAAGGAACAUGUCAAAAAUCUGUACAGCCUGUACCAGCAGAACAGAAAAAAGGCGACUGUAAGACUGGCCCAAUUUACAGUAGACGUUGCUGGUUUCCAAAAAUUUGACUUAUCCAAAAUUGCGGGCUUAGAUUUUGGUAAAGAUGUAACCGAUCGGAUGAAAGCCAUCAAAGUUUUGCGGGAACAAGACUCAUUAAAGAAAACUGGAAGGUGCAUAUUACAAGAAAGGGGCAUUUUAGCUAAACACUUCCAAAUGGGAAUUUACCAUUUUAUUGACACGUUGGUUAUGAUGGGAUACGAAAACAGAGUUUUGUUCGAUAAAGUGCUGUUUCAAAAAUUUCUAACCUUAGUGAAGCACAUGGCGGAGAGUAAUUUAGCUCCUGUCAAAUAUACUGGAACUGCUUUUACUCUGAAAGUACUUACGGCUGGAGUGAAGUUAUAUGCGAGAGUUUGCGAAGAAAUUGAUGGCGUUACAGACUCCGAAUACGAUUUGGUUGAUGAUUUGAUGCAAGCUCAAAGCAAUGUGGAUGACCUCGUGUCUUUUAUGUAUCUAGUUUUUAUCCGUAGAUGUGGUAUAUCGGACAACAAAUUGAUGGUUCUAGCCAUAGAGUGUGUACAUGAAAUUAAAAUCUGGGUCAACUAUUUCCCGAAGCGGUUCAUAUCAGAUUUCGACAUCUUGAAGCACCUGAAAGCGUUAAGUCUUAACCCUUCGAUAGCUGUUAGACAUGAAGCAGUGGUGGUAUGUGAAUAUUUCGUCUCUACUCCCCAUAUAUGGAAGCACCUUCAACCGGUCAAAGAUGAUUUUUUCAGAUUUGUCUCUGAUAGAUUUUAUGACGUAGAUAUAAAAGUUACCGUUAAGGCGGUUGACGUGUUUAUUGCCCUAUUACAAUAUCCACUCUGUGGGACUAAAGAAGAUUGGAUGAGUGACAUGCUAAGUUUGGUUUUCGACAAACAUUUUCCGACUGCGAGUGCGGCAUGCAAGUUUUGGUCGGCGUUUUUCAAGAUUGAUUCCAACGAUCCGGAGCGGAUAUUGUUGGAACUAAUCAAACUUACUACGAUGCCGCAGAUAUACGCCAAAGAACUCGUCGUUGAAGGAUUUUUGCCUCAUUGCUCAGUACUUCGUAGUUGGGAACUGUACGUUGAUUUUCUGAUGGAUGACCACUCCGAUAUUGAUACGAAUGCUAUUGCGGCACUUUUCUCUGAGGUUUUACGUCAGAUUCUUACAGGAAAACCAACUAUGCCGAGAGUAAAAUCGAUAACUGAACCAGCCGAAGUAGGAUUUGUUGAACAUGCCAGGAUAUGCGAACUACUUCCUCACUUCAACAAGAUACUGCUAAAGUACAAACAGAAUCCCGCGAUUCUGAAAGAUAUUUUGAAAGUUAUUCCUGCACUCAAUCCUGUCCUCCUGUCUUCAAGUUAUGCUAAGGAUUGCAUAACAAUGUGGAAUAUCAUCCAAGAUCUGUAUACGUACCAUUCAGACGAAGCCUUGCUAGAAGCGCUGAUCGAUGCACUUUUCUUUUUCCACACCGCCGUCAAUUUCAGCGCUCGAGCUGUAAGGUUUACAGCUGAUUUCAAUCAGCUCUUCACUGAUAGAUUAGACAGUUAUUUUGAUAAUCCGACCGAAGAAGGAUUAAACGACGCUCCGUUGAAAGUCGCUGUUUUGUAUCCACGCACUGAUUUGAACGAAACAAUAAAAUGGCAAAAAUUAUUCGUACAGUUAACCAACAGUACAGAUGAGAUAACUGGACAUCUAGUACAGUGCUGCACCUGGUAUUUACUGUGGGAUCUGAAAAAAAUUACCAAAGUACCGUUGAAUAAUGUUGAACAGCUAACCUAUAUCCAUAAAAAGCGACUGGAUGGUUUGCUGAGAGAAAUACUUAGCGUAAUCCAGAAAUUGAAUGGAAACGACUUACACUAUAAGGUUUACAGCCAGCUGUGCGAAUUUCUUCUAAAAUAUGAAAUGGAACUGAAAGAAGCUAGAAAAUUUGCCAAGAUAUUAGACAUUUUGAAGAUAGAUUUGGAAUCGGAUCACGUCAAAGUAUUGCAACACUUUCUGGAUAAAUACGUUAUUUAUAAGAAAGAAGUUACUGUGGAAGAUAAGCAAAAGUAUUUUGUGGACUAUAUAAACUUGGGAAAGAUGGGCGUUAUGUCGGCAGAUAAUUUUGCAUUUGCUUAUAAGUACUAUUUGAAGUUCAACGAGGAAUUCGGAGCUAUAAUAGACAAGUCGAUAGAUAUGAACGCCCAAUCUCCAUCAAAAAUUAAUAUUUUAUUUAUUAUUUGUUACACAAUGAUAUAUGUGUAUGAGGCUAUUUUGAAAAAAUUUACUCUCGUACCAACUAAUGUAGAUGAAUUUCGUGAUCUAAGGAUGCUAGCAAAAAGGCUCCUGUGUCACAAGCUUUUCCGUAAGCCAGCUCCACAUUUUGUGAAUAUGUCAUUCAUUUCUAUAAGAUACGCUUUCCAAGAUGUUAGCCAUUUGGAAUUUUUGUAUAUAGCAAGAUAUUUCAUUGAUUUGUUGCAUGAUAAGGAAAGCAAAAUAACUGUCCAAGAAUUUUUCAACGAGUCAAAAACUGAGGAAGCAGCAAAAAAUGAUGCGGCUAUAUAUUUCUGGAACUAUUUAAAGUCAUUGAAUGUUCAAGAGAAUGUUAACGAGACCACAACUCUUUUGAAUUCUCUGACUAUUCAGGGAAAAGAAACGGCCAAAUCGAAGGAGAGAUCGAAAACAUCUGCAAAGACAAAACCGAAAGAAAAAGUCAAAGCAAAAGAAAAGGCAAAGCCGGAGGAAAAGGCGAAACCGAAAGGGAAGAACACUCCAAGUGAGGGUAAAACAACAGCUAGGAAAUUAGGUGCGGGUGCAAGUCCGAAAGCUGCAAGAAAGAAAAUACUAGCCAUUGCCAGGAAAAGUACUCCGAGCAGUGAUUCGACGCUCGCUGAGUAUAGUAUCCAUGACAGUACUAGCGAUGAUAUGGAACUACUAAGCGAUUGAUAGUUUAUAUAGAAUAUAUUUGUAAUACUAGUAAUAGUAAUGAAGUCGCUAAAAGUUCUGGUUAAUUGUCGGAAUAUAUUUGUAAUACAAGUAAUCAAGUUUCUAAAAGCUUUACUAGUGAGUUACUAUCUGUGAAAUAAAACAAGAAAAUGCUAAU